GCCAUAUUAAAGGGAGACAAAAGACGACGGUGCGACUUCGAAAGCGCGCGCGUGUUGUGUCUUGAAAAGGUAAUCAGCAUAAGAAAUUCCUGGACAGUUAUGCUAAUGCGAUCGUCGAUCGCUUAAGCUUGUGGAAGAAAGACUCCGCAGUUCUGCAUUGAAGGGGGGACGCAGAAGAAGAAUGUUUACAACAAACAACAUCCAAACGGCGACGGGCACACCAAUCGGGAUUCAGUACCAGACGACGACGACGACCGACAUCAACAAAGGCACCAAGCUGGAGGGCCAAAAGACGAACCAACAGGCGCCGGAGUUUUCGACGUUCUACGCCAAUGUGAAUAUGAUACAGAAGUUGACGCCAACGUCGCAGGCGCUUAGUACCGUCAACUUGGCACAGAUUUCCGAUGACACGAAAACGGUCCAGUACUUGCAGCCCUUCAGCUACACAAACUGUGCCCUGGUCAACCAGAUGCCGAUACCGAAUGGCGUUACAGGCAUUACGGUAGAUGGGCGGCAGCUCGUUGUCAACAAGCCGAUUGCUAACACCAUUUCGAACAUCAGCUUCAAGUGCGAUGUGUGCGGAUUGAUGUUUAACCAUCUGACGCUGCUGAAUCAUCACAAGCGCACGCACAAUCAGGACGGUGAAACGACAUCGGAUGCCAUUACCGUCGUAACCCAGCCGCAGAACUUGGUGCAGGCUCAAAAUCUCAUUUCGGAAACGGGUCAAAAUCUGGGCCAGAUUCAAAUCGUCGCCACCGAGGCCCUCGAUCCAGCUCCUCAACAGCAACAGCUACAACACGCACAGGAAGCGCAGCAGCAAGCUCAGCAACAGCAGCAAGCGCAGCAGCAACAACAGGCGCAACAGCAGGCACAGCAGCAGCAACAGCAGCAACAGCAGCAACAACAGCAGCAGCAGCAACAAGUUACAACUCACUCGACGAAGGCAGAUAAAUCGCAGAAGUGCAUCUCUUGCAACGGGCCCAUCCAUAGCAACCCCAAGCGUAAAGGCCCCAAGUUGAUUCGUUGCGAAACGUGCAUCAACAACGAUGGUGCCCAGACUGUGGCGCGAACCACCCAGAUCUUUGUUGCACCGGAUGGAGAUAUCAAGUUCGAGAUUGGCGAAAUUCCCAAUGCCUCCAACAGCAACUCGUCGAUGGACUCGUUGAUGCCCAAUCCGAUGCACGCCAUCAAGGCAGAACACACCGUAGUUCCGCAACAAAACGCACAUCCGGUGAAGAAGCGCAACCUAGCGACCGUCACAAAGUGCAACAAGUGUAACGGCUCGGGCGUGAUUAUUGUUGGUGGCCAGAAGAAACACAUGCAUCAGUCGCAUAUUCAGCACCAACCUGAAAAACCGUUCACAUGCAACACCUGCGGAGGACGCUUCUCGCGCUACUCCAGCCUUUGGUCGCACAAGAAGCUGCACACGGGUGAAAAGAACUACAAGUGCAACGUGUGCGGGAUAGCGUUUGCAAAGGCCGUCUACCUGAAGAACCAUAUGCGCAUUCACACCGGAGAAAAACCGUACAAAUGUGGCACGUGUGGCAUGCAGUUCUCGCAGUCACCGCACCUAAAGAACCACGAACGGACACACAGUGGAGAAAAGCCGUACGUUUGUGAGGUCUGUGACAAGGGUUUCGCACGCCACGCUACUCUGUGGAACCAUCGCCGUAUCCACACUGGCGAGAAACCGUAUAAAUGCAAUCGUUGCCAAUCGGCAUUCAGUCAAGCUGCCCAUUUGAAGAACCACGAAAAGGUGCAUUCGGGAUUGAAGCCUUUCAAGUGUGACAUCUGCUCAGCAGCAUUUGCCGAUCGUUUCGCUCUCAAACGGCACCGUGGCAUCCACGAGAAAUAUGGACAAACCACGCCACUGCAUCAGAAUCAACAAAACCAACAGGCCCAACAGCAGCAACAGGCUGGCCAGCAACAGCAGCCCCAGCAGCAGCAAGUGGUCCACAAAGAAGAGAUCAUCGAGAUGGAUGAAAAGUCACGAGAAGUGAUUAUAUCUGGUAUGUAAGGCGGUUUACAUCCGAAAUGGGAUGUAUACCGUGAGCUAACAGUAUAAAAGCGUAUUCGUAGAAGAAGCUACAAAUGCAGGAUACGCCACUUCAGGCAGUAUAGGGGGCAGGCAAAGGCUUCAACGUGUAAAAAGCCAAAAGAUCCAAUAAUCGAUAGAGAAAAGCACACACAUGUUAUUAGUUAAAGCAUAAACUUAAGCAUCAGAUUUGCAUGAGAAGUACAUGCGAUACUGUAUAAAAAUGGAUAAUUUUACACAUAAACACUGACAUUUUCGAGGUCAAUACCGGAAGUAGCACUUGUAGCACUACUGUCUCAAAUGAAUCAAACGACAAAACAGUAAUUAUUUUCCGAAGCAAGCCGCAAAUCUGCACAGAUCUGCAGAUCACAGGGAUUUAGUUGAAGCUAAAGAGAACAACUUACAAGGCACAACAAUACAUAUAAUAUCAAAUGUAGUAACUAUGUAUAAUAAAUCUAUUUUAUUUCUUUUUUGUCCUCCAUGUCAUACUGCGUCUCGUUUCUACGGACGAAACACAGUCCGCGAAAGCAUGCCAGUUACACAAAUCGUUCUCCACUCUUAAGUACGUAUAACAACAUUCAAUUCAAAAUGGAACGCUGGCAGAGACGGUCAAUGCGGUCGCCAUUCGUACAACUAUUACUUUAUUCUAAAAUGCGUUUACAUACACGUAGUGUUCGUGAGGAAGACUAGAAGAUACACGCAAGGUAGUAAAUACGUUAGAUGGUAGAGUGAGUGAGGUGCAUUUCAUUUCAACAAACCCGAGGGCAUCAUUAUUACUUUUAUUACGUUAGCGAUACUGUAUUACCAACAUGAUUUAAUAGAAUUAGUCUGAAUUUUGUCGCCGUCUUCAAAAGGCUCUGUCUAUAUGUUAAUGCUUCUUUUAUAGUAAGUUUUGUUCAUAUUCUCGCGUAUACCACUAUCAUAGCAGUGAGAAGCAAUAUAUGACAGAAAGAGAAACCAUUUUGACUCGCAUUAAUAAGGGUUGAUCAGUUUCACAAACAGAAAAGAAAAACGAAACAGUCGAAUGCUUAGAAGCACUUCAUCUACAGAGUAUAGAUGAAUCAAGAUUAUUUCAUUCUCUUGUCAAGCCUCACAGGUAACAGUAUCAAUUUUCUGCACACGAAGCAAAUGCAUGGUACCACAAUGGAUGUAAAUAAGUUUUAAAUGUUGUACCUAAUUCUAACUUCCAACAGAAUCACACACCGUAGUUCGGCGAACACGGAAAUUGAAAGCAAACACACAACCGUCACCGUUAUACUGUAAAAAAAUAUUGUAACUCUCACCUGAAAUGAAUUCCGCAGCAACUAAAAUAAACCGUGAACUUGAUUAACGAAAAAUAUGCAA